AUGGGCUCUGAUGAUGAUAUAUCAAAUGAGAUGGCUCUGAAAUCAACAAAGGCUGCAACUGAUCAAGGUCAGGGAGGCCUGGAGGAAAAAACCCGUUUGAAUUCGACCACCCAACUGACGGUUGACUUGGUAAAAGAUAACCCAAGCAAUUUCCCCAUGGAAUUGGUUGAAAUCGUUUGGCAUGCUUUGACAACUCCCAAGAGCCGGCACAAGCAACGCCCUCCUUCCAAAAUCGCCGAGGAUGUUGCAAUGAAAGGACAGCCGCUUGUCGCCUCUCCCAAGAAACUCAAUCCACCAAGCAAUGACCCUAUGAAAUUUGUCAAAAUCGUUUGGCAUGCUUUGACAACAGUGCCGUUUCCACCAACCAUUGAUCAUUCUUUGGAUAGAUCCUCAAUUGGAUGGUGCAAACAACAAGGUUGGAACAAGAACCAAAUUUUCGACUAUAUCAAUGUUAGAAUAAAGCAAAAUGUGCUCUAUCGUGAGUGCCUUUAG